CAUCAUCCGGGUUCUUCACAAGAAUCCCUCUGAGAGGAGGCGGGAAAUGGCGUCCCGAGCAGCUGUAUCAGAUCUAUCUGUCGCUCAGUGACUCACUCUCGGCCAGAGAAGCGACCGACAGACACUCGCCCGGGCCGCUUCAGCUGCCGUGGCCAGAUCCACAACCAUCUCUGGAUCGUGUCGUCGCGACCCCUGGCAUUCUUACAUGUGACUUUUGGGACAAUGAGGCUGAGAGUGCGUAAGGCAUCUCAGCAGCGGAGCGCCCCCCCGUCCGCCCGGACUGCCAAGACCAAGAGGAAGCUUUCCGAGGUGGAACACGCUUUGCCCUCCGACGACGGCAAGAUGCAGAAACGAGACACGGGCAUUUUCUCCACCAUCAAACGGUUCAUCAGAGGCAAUGCUGUCAAGGUGGAGCAGUGCCCUCCUGCUAAGAGAAGCCGUGUAGACUGUGAUUCGGACAGUAAUCUGAUCACAUCCACGCCGACCGGUGGGAACCUGCCUAGCAGAGCAAACCCCAAAGCCCGCAGGAAAGGCCCCGUCAAUGGAGAUACUAUGACAGGUCAGAGUAUACCAGUGAAGCCCAACGGGAAGCUGGAGGUGCAGGCAGACACCCCGAGCAGUCCCCCCCGCACCACCCUCCUGGGAACCAUCUUCUCUCCCGUUUUUAGCUUCUUCUCACCCGCCAACAAAAACGCUACAGCGGGCUCUGAUUCUCCGGGUCAGGCGGUGGAAGCUGAGGAGAUCGUGAAGCAGCUCGAAAUGGAGCAGCUCGAGGAAACCCCAACCAGCACUACCACCGACGGCCGAGACCUGACCUUUGACCCUGCACUAAACCCUCGACCGCUGCCUCUCGUGGACACGCCGGUAGAGGAAGGGGAGAUCGUCACAGAGGCUGAUAUGCCUCCGCUAACUGCCGUAGGAUGCAACAGCAAUUACCCGGAUGUCCCGCCAUCACCUCCUCCAGAGGGGACUUAUGAAGAGGACUGGGAAGUUUUCGACCCGUAUUUCUUUAUCAAACACGUGCCACCCUUGACUGAAGAGCAGCUCACCCGUAAGCCUGCACUCCCCCUGAAAACCAGGAGCACGCCCGAGUUCUCCCUCGUCCUGGAUCUGGAUGAGACGUUGGUCCACUGCAGCCUCAAUGAAUUGGAGGAUGCAGCUUUGACCUUCCCUGUGCUUUUCCAAGACGUCAUUUACCAGGUGUACGUCCGGUUACGGCCAUUCUUUAGAGAAUUCCUGGAACGCAUGUCUCAGAUUUAUGAGAUUAUACUCUUCACUGCUUCCAAGAAGGUAUAUGCUGACAAGCUGCUGAACAUCCUGGAUCCGAAAAAACAGUUGGUUAGGCAUAGAUUGUUUCGUGAGCACUGCGUAUGCGUCCAAGGCAACUACAUCAAAGAUCUGAACAUCCUUGGGAGGGAUCUCUCCAAGACGGUGAUCAUAGACAACUCUCCUCAGGCUUUUGCCUACCAGCUUUCCAAUGGGAUCCCCAUUGAGAGUUGGUUUGUGGACAAGAAUGACAAUGAGCUCUUAAAGCUGGUGCCGUUUUUGGAGAAGCUGGUAGAACUGAACGAGGACGUUCGGCCAUACAUAAGAGAGAGAUUUCGCCUGCACGACCUUCUACCCCCAGACUGAAUGUCCAAGAAAACGAACAUUUCUUGCCAAGCAGACUGUUUUUAAGCAGUGGGGGAUUUACACUGCGGGGGAAGGAGAAUUUGCCACAAACUCUUUGCCAUAAGGAUUUCAACUACAGACUUGCCUACGUGGGUUUUCUUUUAUGUGGGGCGGGCGGGCGGGAGGAAGGGAGGGGGGCUCUGGACUAAUGUUUUAAGACAAAUGACUUGAUGUAUGCAUAUGUUUUCUAUACACACACACUCAUUUAUGGACGAGAAGAUGAUUUCUGAUUGGUCGUCCUGCUCUGCUCUGGAGUCUAUGCCUGAUUGGGACUUUAACGUAAAGCGCUGUGCAGAAGUGGACUUGCGUCACUCAUUUUGGUGCUCUAAGGGACCCUCUGCCCUACCAGGCCACUGGCUUACUUCAACGAGAAUGAACGGUUGAAUAUAAAUAUAUAGAACAUGAAAAUAUACAUUCAACUAUGUGUGUAUAUGUAUAUAUAACAUUUGUACAUAUAUAUUUUUUCCUGUCAAGUUUGUAAAACACAACUUGCCCUUUGGUUUUAAUUCAUUAUGCAUUCCUUUUUAGUUCGAGGUGUUUUUUUCGUAGACAAGCUGGCUUUUUAUUCUUUUUUUUUUACUCUAGAUUUGAUGUGUAUUAAAUGGCCUAUCCGUUUCGCUCUAGCUUUCUGGUGACGUGUAAUCAAAAUCCGGCGACAUCCCGAUAUGGAAACGCAUCAUUGCUCGUUUGUAAAUCUCGACUCGAUUCUCUGUCUUGUGGUUUCCAGUUACUGACCGCUUACUUCCGUUUAUUCAUGUCAGUCCUAAUUUGAGGGAUUUUAACUUUUUUUGUUCUUAGUUUGUUUUUAUAUACAAGUAUAGAUGAAAUGUAAAAUACUGUAUGUGCUUUAAAUUGCUUUUCUGUGGAAAAAAAAAUAACAAUGCUUUGUCUCUCUUUCAGAAAUGUCCGGUAAUUGUAGCACCAGCACAUGAACUAGCUUAAAUCACUGCAUAUCUGCAAUAUUCCCUGUUUUUUUUUUUCUCUCUCUCUCUCUCUCUCCUGCAAUCCUGCUUUGUUUUAGGAUUAUCAUGUACAGCUCUACCUACCUCUGAAGGGUAGACCUUCCGUUUGAUUCAGUGUUACCCCUCCCCACCCCAAUGGUUUUUAUUUCCAUGGACAUUAAUACAUGAUUUUUAUGUACCAGUACAAUUCGAAUUGGUUUUUCUUUGUCGUUUGGAUGAAAGUUUCACAUGUGGCCUUGAUUUUUUGUUUUUUUCUACUUGUCAGUUAUGACUUUAAGCUUAUUAUCAUUGUUCUAGCUAAGGAUGCACCGAUAAUACUUUAUAUUUCAAAGCCGUUAACUGAUUUGUUGGUCGAUAAACCCAAAUUGAUGACAUUUUUGAGAGCCACCUGAAGAAAUCAUUUAUUAUUUAUCAGCUUUAAGAUAUUGGCACUUUUUUUUUUAUCUGGUCGAUACUGAUAACUUAAAAAAUGCUGAUGUAUUUUGCAUCCCUAGUUACAGCUAACCAAUGGUUCAGGAGGAAAUUAGACACCGGUGAUCUUGAACUGAGAAAUUUGUAGUUUAAUAGCAAGGUUUUUAAUAGAAUUUGGUAUUAAUUAUAGCCCACAAUCUCUGGCAGUUCUUGUCAAUUUAGAUUAAUAUUUUCUCGCAAAAUGGCAGCUUCUGUUUUGGGAGUAUUUACUUACUGUCAAUGGAUCAGAUACCUAGAUUUUUUUAUUUUAUUUUUUGUGAUUGCAAUGGAUGAAGUGAGCCUUUUGAUGGAAUGGUUGUGUGAUUGGUUGCAAAUGUUUUGUGAAUGAAAUGGCCUUUGUUAAAGACAGAUGUGAAUGCAAUGAAUGUAUUUCAGUGCAGCUUUUGCAGCACACCAACACUCUUUAAAUCUUUUCAGAUUAUGUAUAAUACCUUAUGUAUGUGAUUUUUCCUGGAAUGGUAUUUUUUUAUUUAGUGUCAGUGAAACUGAAUCCCGUAUUGGGUCCUGGACUUUGGUUAAAUGUAGCUGACUAUUAAAAAAAAAAAAAAACAGCGGUUAGUCAGUGAAAACAGCAUGAUGAAAAGUUCAAGACUGAAACAUUAAAUUUGCUGUUUUUGCACAUUA